CAGCCUUCAGGAAGGACCAGGCUGCAGGAAACAGCCUAGAUAUCUGUCCAUAUCGCUCUGACUGGAAUUGGAUUUCGGUCGACCAGGGGUUUCUUUGCUUCUUUCUGAUCUUAGAUUGGUGUAACCUUGCAUCAGGUUAGUCCUACUGUUCAGAGUGAUGAACAUUUAGCUGCUGACAACCAUGUCCAAGUACCUGAAGCAUUUUACCUCUGUGGGUGACAAACAAAAUGAAAGGCAGUGGAACGUGGAUGAGGAGAAGCAGCCGGAAGAAGAGCCUCAGAAGACGCCCGAUUCAAUUACCUCUUCAUACUCCUUCAGAGAUAACCUAAGGUGGCUCCUUAGUUGCCACAAGUUUCAGAUUGUCAUUGUGUGCCUGGUUAUUCUGGAUGCUAUAUUUGUUCUUAUCGAGGUACUUUUAGACUUGGAAUUAUUACAUAACAAAGUUGACCACAUUGUACCAGAGAUAUUCCAUUGUUUGAGCCUUUCUGUAUUGUCCUUCUUUUUGCUGGAAAUUGUUGGUAAACUAUAUGCCUUUCGACUGGAGUUUUUCCACCACAAGUUUGAAGUGUUUGAUGCAGUUAUUGUUAUAAUAUCAUUUAUCAUCGACGUGGUCUAUAUAACCCGGGAAGAUAUCUUCAACGCAGUCGGGCUGUUAAUCUUACUCAGACUUUGGAGAGUGGCCAGAAUUGUCAAUGGUGCCAUUUUGUCUGUAAAGAGCAGAGCAGAUGAAAAGAUCCACAAGUUAAAGAAGAAACAGGAGACCCUAUUAGCCAGAGUCUCGCAGCUAGAGCAGCAGUGCACCCAGCAGGAACAAGAGAUUUCAAGACUCCAGACUUUAUUACACCAAAACAACAUAUUCCCCGAGCCUUACAACCCAGCCACUGCUUGAAAUUAAUACGUGGAUUUUUACUUUCCUUGAAAAUAUCUAUUUUGAAAGAUUUUUUUAAUAGAGGUUGUGUUUGUGUAAAGAAAGAUUUUUUGGUAAUUUGUUUAAUCUCUGACAGUAUAAAACGUACAUCUUUAAUCACAUUAAAAAAAUUAAGUAUGAAAAUAUAAAUAAUUUUAUUAUUAUUGGAAUAAAAUGAAGCAUGAUAGAAUUUGUUUUCUUACUUUCUUUUCUUGGCUGCUGAGAGUCUUGUACUUUUACGUCAGAUAUUAUGCUGCUACUUACUCUUUGAUGAAACCGGGUUGAAAUCCACGGAAGUGUUGCCUAUAGAAAACACUUAGUACUCCAGCAUUUUUUUUAAUACGUAUGCUAACUCUCCAGUAAUAUUCUAGCAAUGCCAUUUGUUCCAUCCCAGCUCUAUUGUAUCCAUACAAUUUAAACCCUUUGAUUAUAGGCUGCUGUGUCAUGUGAGUCCAGUCUGACCAGUUAUGCAAUCGUAUCUGUCUUAUCUAAGAGCAUUAGUGCAGUAAAACAUUAAGGCUCCAUUCACACAUCUGUAAAUGGGUCCGCAUCUGUUCCGCAAUUUUGCGGAACGGUGCGGACCUAUUCAUUCUCUUUGGGGACAGAAAAGAUGCGUACAGCACACAGUGUGCUGUCCGCAUCAGCAUUUCCGUGCUGCCGCCCCGAACUACCGGUCCGCGGCUCUGCAAAAAAUAGAACAUUUCCAAUUUUUGUCCGCAAUUGCGAACAAGAAUAGGCAGUUCUAUUGGGGGUGCCGGCCGGGUGUAUUGCGGAUCCGCAAUACACUAGGGAUGUGUGAAUGGACCCUUAACGAGUCCCUUCAGCAGACAACUACAAAUACAUUGAUAAAUUCUCCAGCUUCACUUCACAUAUUACAAAGCUGGCUGCCUGCAGCUACCACUAGGGGGAGCUCAAUUCAUAAGAAUUUAUACAGUGCAA